ACCAGUCCUACCACGCCAGGAACCACUACAACCACAAUGGCUCCGGGGCAACUUUCAACUGGCAAAUGUGUCAGCGACUGCAGCAGUAAGGGUGAUGGCUUUUACCAGUCCUGUCAGGGCUGUGAUGUUUAUGUGCGAUGUGUCAGCGAGAAGAUCACUGACAACAACCCCUGUCCUCCCGGGACUGUGUGGAACGACAACAUCAAGUUCUGUGACAUAAACUCCCCCACCUGUCAAGGUCCGACCAGUCCUACCACGCCAGGAACCACUACAACCACAAUGGCUCCGGGGCAACUUCCAACUGGCAAAUGUGUCAGCGACUGCAGCAGUAAGGGUGAUGGCUUCUACCAGUCCUGUCAGGGCUGUGAUGUUUACGUCCGAUGUUUCAACAAGCAGAUCAUUGACAAGAACCCCUGUCCUCCCGGGACGGUGUGGAACGACAACAUCAAGUUCUGUGAGUCAAGCUCACCCACAUGUCAAGAAACGACACCAACCUCCACCGUGGCACCGACGACUACACCGGUACAGACUACACCUUCAUCCACAGUGAAGGUAACCAUACCUUCAACCACGCAACCAACGACGACUCCUACACCUGAACCUACGACAACACCUGCAACUACGCAACCAAAAACUACCCCUACACCUAAACCCACAAGUGCGGCUACACCACGACCACCAACUGUGCCAACACCUACGCCAACAUUUCCGCCGACGACGCGUGCACCAACGAAGCCAGGAGUCCUAAUGCCUAAUCCAUAUCGCUGUGUGAAAGACUGUAACGAAGUCCCCAACGGAGAUUACCAAUCAUGCAGGGGCUGCAACAUCUACGUCACCUGCUCCAGCGGACUGACGUACGACGGCAAUCAGUGCCCGGCGUCGACCCUUUGGAACGACAACACCAAGUACUGCGAUUAUAAAUCGCCGACCUGCCCGUAGAGACGGCCGUGUUCACUGGCUGUUCCUUGUCGUCAGGGAACAUCAGAUAUGUGACAAGAAAGGAGAACUAUCAUUGAUCGUCAAAAUAAUGUGAACAAACCAAUGACGUCAUGUUCGUAUUCGUGUUCGUCUAUGUAUGUUUGUAGGAUUUAACUUAAAUCCUUAAAUCUUAAAGAAAAAUGCCAUACGGUUCCUUAAAAUUCAUUGUUUACGGUAUAAGGCACUUGAAUCUGUAAAAGCAAUGUAAUAUCCUGUUAAAUAGUCCCCGAGCCGAUGCACGAUGAUUGGUUGUUCAGAGAUUAAAAGUCUAUGAAACA